CGUCUACCGGUACGCCGCUUCAUCUUCGUUCUUUCGAGCUUCGCCCUUUUAGGUUUGCCGCCACUUGUGGCGUCCACCCUUUCAGACACUUCGCGCUAACUAGCCACGAUGGCUGCCCACGCCCCUUACAUUAUGCCGGAUGGGCGCAGUCUGACCCAUUACCUUGCACAAGAACGAGAGCGUGAGCAGCUAAGGCGCCGGAAAGCAGAGCUGCGCGGUAAAGACCUACAGUUCGCACAGCUGCUCCGCCAACGUGGUGCCAGUACAUCCGAGAUGGAAUUAGCCGAGCUGAAAGCGAUGGAAGCUGCAGGUGUACGACGGCGCCGCCGUUGGCUCAACGACAAAACGCUCCGAGACCUGGCUGGCCCCCUCUCCGCCGCCGACAUGGAGGCCCAGUUCAAGCCGGCGCCCUUCGGCGGCGGCCACGUGCCCUCCCCGCUGGCCCAAGCCCUGACCCCCGCGCAUGCGGCCCUGUGGGAUAACUUCAGAAGCAUCGACCCCGAGAAGGAGGCGCGUGUGCUGCAGAAAUGGGCUGCCCACCAGCGCGAGUCCGCACCCCCCCGGCAGCGCCAGCAGCGGGGGCCCACCCAGGCCGCACUGGCGCUGCAGCGGUGGGCGGGGGUGGGGCGGCGCGCGCGGGCCGCUCUCAAGCGCGCCAACCCCGCCAGUGUGAUGCAGAUGGAGCUGCAGAUGCUGGACUUCUUUGAACAGGCUGCCCCCGGCGCCCAGCUGCUGCUGCCCCUGGAGGACCCCUUCGCGCGCCUGCUGGCCCACGGCCUCGCGGACUUCCACGGCCUGCUGUCCGCCUCGCGCAGCCUCCCGCACACCGGCGAGCAGGCCGUGGCGGUGUACCGCAGGAACAAGCCGCUGAGCAGCAGCAGCACCCCCAACACCGGCACCACCAUGGGAGCAACAGCAGGGGGAGCAGCAGAUGGCGUGGGAUCCUCGCCCGGGGGGGCGCGCACGCCGGGCUCGGCAACCCAGCGUCCGCGGUCCGCUGCUGUGGCGGGCGCGAGCCCCGGCGGCGCCAGUCCCAGCCCGAGCCCAUUCCGGCUGGGAGCUACCGCGGCGGCACCGUCCCCCUCCUCCUCCUCCACGGGUCCUAGUCCGGCUCGUGGGGCGGCAGUGGGGCCUAGCCCGGGGCGUGGCGGGCUGCUGGCAGCAGCAGCGGCGGCAGGACCCUCCUCAGCGGCAGCAGCGGAGUCAACAACGCCACUACCCGGGGAACGGGGAGCUAGUCCGCUGCCACCGCGCAUGGGCAGCAGCAGCGGGGCAGCGACCGGCAUCCGAGGCGGCGGCACCAGCAGCCCUCUGACGGGUCGGGCGGUGUCCGCCGGUAGGAGCACCUCAGCCGGCAGGGGAGCCGCUGGGGCUAGCGGGGCCGAGCAGCAGCAGCAGCAGCAUGAGCCGGAGAUCACGUGUACGGAUGUGCUGCUCGCGCUAGCAGAGGUGGGGCAGCUGGGCCUGAAUGAGGCGAGUCUCAGGCGCUACGUGCAUGUGCACAUACACGGCACGCCGGGGGCUGAGGGGGGAGUAGGGGGGGUGCACAGGGGGCAGCAGGGGGAGAGGCAGUGGAGGCAGUAGCGGUGAGCGGCGAGAUGGGGGAAAAUAUAGAUAAGUGCGUCAACGGAAUCCCAAUCGACAGGGGGCGGGUGUUGCGGUGUAGAAUGGGCAGGUGUAGUAUAGAAUGGUGAGGUGGGGGCUGGGUUUGGGCCCGGAUGCUGGUGCGGGGCCGAUGUGUACAGUAAAGAGGAUGUUGUAGGGAGAUGGGACGGUGUCUGGGGAUGUGGCGAAGGCGACGAGAAAUGUCGUGCGAUGCAAGGCUGGGUAGAGCGAAACGGGCAGAGGAGGAGUGGCAGCAAAUGUCGUGCGAUGCAAGGCUGGGUAGAGCGAAACGGGCAGAGGAGGAGUGGCAGCAGAGAUGUAGCCACUGCUACAGGAUGAUACGUAAUACAGGCUGUUUGUAAGCGUCCGAGAGACGUUCGCUCAUGUUGCAGCACCAUGAAGGACACCGUUGGAUAAAGCGGUUGGAUGUU